AUGGGGCCGCGUCCGGCUACGCAUCAGGCUUUCUACGCAGCGCCCCAGCCCGCCCCGCCUACGCCGCCCCCCCCCGAGCAUGGCCUCGUGGGACCCGCGCUCCUCCAGAGCGUCCCCUCCGCUGGGGCGUAUGGUGGAGGUGGCGACUGGUUCAUGGACACCGGCGCCUCCGCGCAUAUGGCUGCGCACCCCGAAUUUGACGCCUUUGGUUUUUCUGUCAAGGAUGGUCGUACUCGGAUGCUCCUCCACCGAUGUGACAGCCCCGGCGAUCUGUACCCUGUUGGUUCGGCCUCCACCACCGCCAGCAGCCCACUCGCCCUCUCCGCCGGUGUCAACCUCUGGAACGCCCGCCUCGGCCAUCCUAGCUCCGCCACUCUGCGUCAAAUAACGCAAGGCUUCUCGUUUACUUUGAUGUUUGGACCUCGCCUGUUCGAAAAUGACCGCACCCGGUCGACGGCGACCGAGUGGGACGAGGGCGAGUACCGGAAGGCGCUUGCCAAGAUCACUACUGCCACCUUCACUUCCUUCGAAGACGGCUUGCAGCCCUACACCGAAGACACCCCAGCGCCUCAGCGUUGGCAGAAGAUCGCGGACCACCUCCCUCCUCUCGCCGGGAAGGAACCACCGGAGAUGACCGAGGGCGAGGAGGAAGAGGUCGACGAGGAGGAGGAGCGCACCGAGUCGGAGUCGGAGGCGCGGGACUUCAUCAGACUCCCGCGCGGGUCGAAGAGGGGUGCCGAGUCCUCGUCCCAGGGCGCGGCUGAAGAGGAGGCGACCUCUCGCCCGGAGGACAAGGCGGAGCCCUCCAAGGAAGGGGCUGAGCCGCUAUCGAAGCGACUGCGCCCCACUCUCCUGGAAGGGUCCAUGAGGCUUCAGCGUCCUUUGAAGGACGCGAUCGAUGCGGGAGCUCGGGCUGGUCCGGGCGUAAGAGCGAUUCCCACGGUGAAGUAA